GUGCGGCGUUGCGACCAAGAAGGAUAUUUACCAAACUUUCUGCGCGGAGUCCGGAGUAUUGCACGCUUGCGUUGUUGAAACGCAGCAUAAAAGCCAGUUCUGUAAGGCUACCCAGGAGAGUCUCUGACACGUCAACUCUUUCCACAACCACAAUUUCGCACGCACCAUGGCCGCAGACGCCCCACGCAAAUGCACGAGCAAAGACUGCGAGAACGAUGCCGGCUCGUUGCAAUGUCCAACCUGCCAGAAGCUAGGGAAGGAGAGUUACUUCUGUUCUCAAGACUGCUUCAAGCGCAACUGGAGUGAGCACAAGAAGGAGCACAAGUCACAAAGUAGUAUUCUCCAAAACAUAUUUCCGCCAAAAGUAGUUUCUUACCCGGAUCCAGCGACCGGCCACUUCAACCCCUUCCCUACGUUUCCCUACACCGGCGCCCUACGACCCGUAUACCCGCUGUCGCCGAGACGAGAAGUAGCAAAAGGCGUAAAACAUCCAGACUACGCAAAGGAUGGCAUACCGCGUUCAGAACAAGUAUUUGUCAACAGGAACAAAAUUACGAUCUUGAACAAGGAGGAACAAGAAGGUAUGCGCAACGUCUGCCGGUUAGCACGAGAAGUACUAGACGAGGCGGCGAGGGCGGCAAAGCCUGGCGUCACGACGGACUACAUCGAUGAGAUCGUCCACAAAGCUUGCAUGGAGCGCAACUCGUACCCUUCGCCCCUCAACUACUGCCACUUCCCCAAGUCCGUAUGUACGUCGGUAAACGAGGUCAUCUGCCACGGUAUUCCAGACCAGCGGGUGCUUCAAGACGGCGACAUUCUCAACAUCGACGUGACCCUAUACCACAACGGCUUCCACGGUGACCUCAACGAGACAUACUACAUUGGCGACAAGGCACUGGCAAACCCAGAUGCAGUUCGCGUGACGGAGACAUCAAGAGAAUGCUUGAACAAGUCUAUCGAGAUUGUCAAGCCGGGCACACUCUUCCGUGAGUAUGGCAACAUUAUCGAAAAGUACGCAAAGAGUCAGAACUGCAGCGUGAUUCGGACAUACUGUGGACAUGGUAUCAAUCAGCUAUUCCAUUGCGCGCCCAACGUUCCUCACUACGCGAAGAACAAGGCAAUUGGGCAGGCGAAGCCGGGCAUGUGCUUCACCAUUGAGCCCAUGAUCAGCGUUGGAACACACCGGGACAAGACAUGGCCCGACGACUGGACGAGUGUUACCCAGGACGGCUCGCUGACGGCGCAGUUUGAACACACUCUGCUCGUGACGGAGGAUGGCGUGGAGGUUUUGACAGCAAGGUUGCCAGACUCACCUGGUGGCCCUGUCCCAAUGCCCAUCCCAGCAACAAAUGGACAAGCAACACCAGCUGCUUGAGAAUAGUUGAAGAUGUAGGAUGAGCCGUGGCUUUAGAUGAUCUCAUAACCCUUCUGAUGCCAAUGUCAUACUGUGAAUAUACAAACAACGUCCAAGCCAUACAAACGGCCUGUGCUAAACGUC